CAUAAAGUGGUGAUGUCAUCGAUAUAAGUGCUGUAGGAGUUGCAGCGAAAUGACUGCCCAGCCAGCGACAGCCCGUAUUACUACGAAAAAACAGACAUUAGAAGACGCAUAUUCACCUCCAGCGAAUUUUCUAGAGAUAGACAUUUUAGAUCCUCAAACACAUGGCGUGGACAAGAAGCGGUAUACGGAUUAUGAAGUCCGUAUGAGAACCAACUUACCAGUUUUCAAGGUUAAGGAGUCCAGUGUGCGGCGAAGGUAUAGCGAUUUUGAAUGGUUGCGGAGUGAGUUAGAACGGGACAGCAAGAUUGUGGUACCAGCAAUGCCAGGGAAGGCUUGGAAACGUCAGCUGCCCUUUAGGGGAGACGAUGGUAUAUUUGAGGACGAGUUCAUUGAGGAUCGAAGGAAAGGACUAGAACAAUUUGUCAACAAGGUUGCUGGACACCCCUUGGCCCAGAAUGAACGGUGUUUACAUAUGUUUCUCCAAGAACCUGUAAUUGACAAGAAUUAUGUUCCUGGAAAAAUCAGAAAUACAUGAUGAGAAAAUAAUCUCUCAAAGACUCUUCAAUAUAUUUCAUAUACAUUUUAUGUGUAAAGAAUGCCUGUACCACCUGGGGCAUGUUAUUGUAGUCUUCAAUGUCCUGGUAUACUGUGACUUAAUGCUGGACCUACCAAAGUGAAACAUUGUGUUUUGUAUGAUAAAUCUUGAUUCAAAGAAUAAUAAUUCUGUUCAGAAGUGCUGCUGUCAGUUUUAAUAGUUUGAUUUAUUUUGAAGAUCUUCAGUUCAGUGUUGAAAAUACAUAACAACCAUGAAUAUUCUUCACAAACAUCUUUAAAAAAAAUGAACCUGAGGUAUAAUACAAAUGUCCUACUUUCAGAAAUGUUAAUUUGAUGUUGAAUUGAGAAAAUUGGAAGGGACAAAUGUAGUUUUUGUGGGGUAAAAACCUGUCCAGUAGCCUGAUGAAAUUUUGACAAGGUUUAUAAUGUGUAUGAGAUUAUCACCUCUACAAUGUAACCAGCAAUAUAAGACGUAUAUAGAGACUUACCAGCAUACUGAUCAAAACUCACCGUAAUGGGCAGAGAUUUCUGAUAAAAAAGUCAUUCCCCUCAAACAUGAAGUAAUGUACAGUAGUUUUUUUUUUUUGCUAUUUAUUCAUUUCCAUUUGUUGCUGUUAAUCCGGUUUUCUAUUAGAGAAAAAAUAACAUUACCCACCAAAUUAUUAUAAGUUUAUAACUGGAUCCAGUCCUAUGUUAAAAUAAAUCUGUAUUUACAAUUAAUUCAUUGUCCAAGCGUGUGAUAUCAGGAGGAAGUGUACAUAUUUGUAGCAAACAUUAUCAGUCUACGUACAAUGCAAUACACAAAUGUAUUUAUAGUAACAUUAAACCAAGUUGUGAAUCGUUUUGAUACUUUCAAGUCAGUGUUUUUCCAAAAAUGAAAAAGCUAAUCAAUUUUGAAAUAAUAGGUGUUUUUCGAGUAUGAAACUGGUAUUCUAUGGCAUUUGAGUGGGUUUUUUAUCUCUAAAAAGUAAAUGGUAUAUAGACAGGUAAUCUUGAAGUAAACCGGAUUCACAGCGACUCUUGAUGUAGUUAUUGGAUUUAAAUAGUUGCUUUGUACGUAGAAAACAAGUUUUUUGCUAUAUGUGUAAGGUAGUUAAGAAUAUCAAAAAAUAUUUCAUUUAAGUAUUGCGAAACUAAGCAAUACACUUUCAUAAAAAUGACUUGAUUUCAUGUAUAUUUGUAAUCAGAUUAUCUUUUACCCGUUUCACAUAAUCACCAUCUUGUCUUCAUAUAGCCCCACACUUUUUACACAGCACUAAGCUUUUUAACAAAGCUGAGAGAUCCCCGUAAAAGUAGAAUUUCUAUCUACAAAUGAACAAUUUUUCUUAUGAAAUUCUAAUAGAAGAAACAACGAGACCUUUAUGUAAAAGUAUAUAUAAAUAUAUUUCUUUUUAUCUAGGGAAAAUGUAACAAUUAUUUGCGUAACGUUUCAAAGCUUCUGAACUAUUAUAUAUAACAGUAAAAAUUAUUGUACUAUGUACAAUGAAGUUCUUUUUCCUUUCAAAAUUAUUUAUAUUGGUUACUUAUAUGUAUAAGUCGAGGUUAAUUUUGUCAGCUAUACAUAGUGUAUGGUAGGAGGAACGAAAGUUUUUUGUUUUUUUUUGGCUUGUGAAAUAUAACGGGUGUAUAUGAGAUAACAUGUAUAGGCCUGGAAUAGUUAUCAUGAUAUGUUAUGUAAUUAUGCUUUGUAUUUUAAAUUGCAACUGUUGUGAACAUUUUGAUAGCAAUGAUGUAAUGCUUGGUAGAGAUACAAUCAAUUAAAAAAGUGUGGCAUACAAAAUAUAUGCACAUUAACAUCACUAUGUGGUUGGGCAUUUAGAUGUGUUUAUUUACAGAAUCAAACUUUGUCUUGGGAAAUGUUUCAUGUGCAGUGUACAGGUCAGUUGUAAACCGAGGCUAUCUAUUAAGCAGAAAUUUGACUCAUUCACCCCUGAAAUUUCAUAAUAAACUAUUCCAAUCUUUGAUUUGGAAGAGUUCAAAUGUGUCUACAAGGGUGAAUGAGUUAUGAGACCUGAUUGAAUAUAUUAACAUCAGUUGUGUGGAAUGUGGUUACUUCUCAUUUCAUAAACGUUUUGUAACUGGUGUGAUAUUUUCCUAUCAAGUAUAUUCACUUCUGUUCAAGUCAGUGUGUCUGAUAGGUCUGUACUCAAAUACUACCAUACAGGUCAUCGGUUUUCCAGCCAAAUCUGUCUGUUGUAUUAAAGGCUACUUUGUUGUUAGGCAAAGGAUUGUUAAAGAAUUAAAAGGCCAGAUAUAAUGGUCAAAGAUCUUUUUAAAUGAUUCUGUAAAGUAAAAAGACUUCAAAAUAUUACAUCAUAUGUACAGGAGUAAUGCUUGCUUGACAAAACCAGUUUCUUGUAUAGUACACCGAACACAUGGUAUUUCAGACCACAUUUAUACGUUUUUGAUGUAAAACUUUUAAUUACUAGCAAUAUAAAGUUCUCAUCACUGUGUUAUUUGGAAAAUAAAUUUUUGACUAGGAUUCAAAUUUUAAAUUAAAGGUCACAUUGCUGUAUCAAAGAAGUUGUAAAAAGCUGAUAAUGUGAUAUAGCAUUUGCGAGAACGGGUACUGAAGCUGCGUCUUUUGACCUACAGUAUGUGGUUGUAACUCCUCGCCACACAAAUAAGCUAUGUAUAUAUAUGUAGUAUGUAAACGUUUAAAUAAAGAUGGAUAUAGAUACCGAA